GUGUUUCCAUGACGACGACGUCGGGGGAUCCGGGUGGGGUCGGCCUGGGCGCAUGCGCGCGCGUGCGGGUCGCGGUGCGUCUUCCCGUGUCGCCCGCGCUGCUGGUCGCGGUUCCGUGAACCGCGGUAAGGGUCGGGUGGGGUCCGCGAGGCCCGGGGAAGGCUGGGUCCGAGCUAAGCAGACCCGAGUUCGCGGGACGCGGCGGCCCCGGGCUCCCUCCUCGGCCAUGGCCCCCGCGUCCAGGUCCUUGCUGUCGCCGCCGACUUUGCUGCUGCUGCUGCUGUUGCUGCUGAGCUUGGCGCUGCGGGGCGCCCGCGCCGAGCCCGCCGCCGGGAGCGCUGUCCCCGCGCAGAGCCGUCCGUGUGUGGACUGCCACGCGUUUGAAUUCAUGCAGCGCGCCCUUCAGGACCUACGGAAAACGGCCUACAGCCUGGACGCGCGGACGGAGACCCUUCUGCUGCAGGCUGAGCGCCGGGCUCUGUGUGCCUGCUGGCCAGCUGGACGCUGAAGAUCCUUGGCCAGCGAUGUUCCCUGUCAAUAAAUGCCUGCUAGCACA